CGCCCCCCCUUGCCUACUUUGUUCGAACUUGUCAGGUAUGAGUCAGGCAACUUAUACAUAAAAUCACCAGACAUUUGCAAGGAAGAGCACGGCAUUUUUUCAGCACUUCCACUUAAGAGCUAGAAGGAAAUAACAUAAUUCGAGAAAUGAUCUGAGAGGUAAUCGUUCCCCAUCUGCUGAAGCAAAAAACAUACUGUUUGGAUCAGCGAAGGUACCUUAGGCAAAAUCUUCACCACUCAAGGACCAUUGUUGGCAGUCUCAUCAGGCGAAGGGAGUCCAAUAGCUCCAAACGCUAUAAUGAGUUCAGGGGCGGGUUUACGCUCUGGGUUCGGGUCAUCUGGCAUGUCUUCGGGGUUUGUGACGGUUGAAGAUAAGAGAGAAGGGAGUCCUGGUACUGUCACCUUUACAAAGGUGUCCAAAACCUACAGUGCCGAUGGAUUUGGGAAUUCAACGAGAGGCUCAACAUCGGCAGUUGCCUCGUCUCCUAUUUUGAAGGAGAGGAAGUUCAUGACCACAAUGGCAGCGAGUCAUUCUGAUGUUUUUGACGGGAGUGCAAGUACAGACUCAUCUCCAGAGUAUUCCAGAAAGGAGUUUGGCUCCUCAAAGGCAAUGUCAGGUUCCACCCCACGGGGGAGAUCUCAGAGUCGAGAGAGUGCGAUCCGAGCCAGGCUUCAAAGCGCUUCUGAUUCAGCAAGUUGGACUGAACUGGAUGACGUGAAGCGUCUGCUGAAAGGAAGUCAGUCUGAGAGCACCAGCACCGGUCAGUCCCCAAACAACUCUUUGCCCAUUCCAAAGAAGGCCAGCGUGGAAACAAGAACCAUAUCUGAGACCACCAGCACCAUUAAGUCUCCAAACAACUCAUUGCCCAUUCCCAAGAAGGCCAGUGUGGAAACUAGAACCAUUUCUGAGAGCACGAGCACCAUUCACCCUCCUAACCACUCGUUUGUCAUACCCAAAAAUACCAGUGGGGACACAAGGAUUGUGUCUGAGAGUAUCAGCACUAUUCAUUCCCCAAACAGCUUGCUGACUAUCCCCAAGAUCACGAGUGUGGAGACCCGGAUGGGGACGGAGAACUCAAAAUCAGGUCUGUUAACAGGCCCAGAUCAGUUUGGUGGUAUUUGGCCUGGAAGUGUUAACAGCAGCUACAGCUUCAAUCCAAACCCCAACAACCUAACCACCACAUCUACCGUUUACCACUCAGGCGGAAGUCGAGGUGGACAAGGAGGUGUCGUAGGGGGUGUUCGCAACAAUAUGGUCCUAAGCUCUCCCCCUGUGCACAGUGGCCUAUCCGUCAGCAGCACCAUGCCAGUGUAUGGUGUUCAGAAUAACCUGAUCAGUACCAAUACCAGCCCUGCUGUCUUCUCUCCAGCUGGAACAAACACUGACACAGUUUAUGGUGUGCAGAAAAAUGUCUCUAGCCCUGCAAUCAGCACAACCAAAGUGCGUCCCCGCAGUCCUUCUAUUGAUGAGCCUUUGGACAAAGAUUUUACAUUUGCGAUGGUAGAAAAGGACAAAACACCUAUCAAGAAGGAGACAGAGCGACUGGUCACGACCAAAGACACUGGCAAACAAUUCGUGUCUACUGCUCCUGCAACUUCUUCAAUGUCUACUGCUGCCUACUCUGAUGAUUCAUUGAUGAGGGAGAAACACAAUUUUUCAAUGAGCACAAUGAAUGAUGAAAGGAAUGCUAAAGCUACCUACUCUGAUGAUUCAUUGAUGAGGGAGAAAUACAAGUUUUCAAUGGGCACAAUGAAUGAUGAAAGGGAUGCCAAAGCUGCCCUUCUGAAAUACGGCUCAAAAGAUAAAACUGGCUGCGCAGACAUAUGCAAUGACGGCUCAUGUUUUGGCCUGAGCCGCUGCUGUCGCUGCAGUUGGUGGAAGUGGCUGCUGGGUAUCCUGCUCGGCCUGCUCCUUCUUCUUGGUCUCCUCUUCGGGCUCAUCGCUUUGAGUGAGGAAGUGAAACGUCUCAAGAAGCGAGUUGAAGCUGUAGAAGCCAUCACCGGCACUACGUCAGCGAGGACAAGUCGUCUCUCCGGCUCCUCUGCCAUCAACAUUGCUGAUCCGCUGGAUUCUAAAUACUCCGACAGGAGUUAUUCUGGUUCCACACUGACUCACUCUGAUAACGGAAUUGGUUUAGGGACUGCAAGAGGGCCUGCAGCACAUGGAUCAGGAGAGGAUUUGCAAAGAACUGUCCAGCAGUUGGUCAGAGCCGAAUUACGCUCUGAUGGUUUAAGAGACUCGCUGAAAGGAGCUAAAGGAGACCCUGGAAUGAAAGGUGAUCCGGGUGUUCUUGGGCUUCAAGGUGAUCCCGGGUUCCCUGGCCUACCAGGUCCUCCUGGACGAGCGGGCAACCCAGGAACAGAAGGGCCCAGGGGUCCAAAGGGAAACACAGGUGAUCCAGGUCCUCAGGGAUUUCCAGGUCAGAAGGGCUUGGACGGGCUGCUGGGCCCUCGCGGAGAAGCAGGGCCUCCAGGUUUUGGCUCAAAAGGAGAGAAAGGCAAUCCGGGACCCGUUGGUGCUCCUGGACAAGUGGGACAGAGAGGUGCUCCUGGUCUCAAGGGUUCCCAGGGUGAUAGUGGAUAUCCAGGACAAAAAGGAACACCAGGCUUACCAGGAACUAAGGGAGGCUUGGGACAGAGGGGACCGAGUGGCCCUGCAGGUGAACCUGGAAAAGAGGGACAAAAGGGCUCUAAGGGAACUGCAGGUGUUCCUGGAAUACCAGGACAGCCUGGUGCAAAAGGUGAAAGGGGUGCAGCUGGUCAAGUCAUUUCUGCAGUUCAUUUGUUUCUAGCUGGCUCCAGUACGGUGGCGAUCCCGGGACCACCAGGACCAACUGGACCUCCAGGUCCCACUGGAGUUCCUGGUUUGUCUGGUCCCAUGGGUCCAAAUGGAAAUCCUGGUCCAAAAGGAGACCGUGGAGAGAAAGGUGACAGAGGUGAGAGAGGAGAAGCUGGCGUCAGCGUCUCAAGAUCAGAAACGAUCAGUUCAACACGAACCGGUACUCUGUCAUCAUCGGCUGGACUUAGAGGCCCACCGGGACCUCCAGGGCCUCCUGGAGCCCCAGGUGCUCCUGGUGAGGGAAGAGAAGGUCCUACUGGGCGUAGAGGUCCACCUGGAGAGCCAGGUAUUGGAGUACCUGGACCUGCAGGGCCAAAAGGAGAGCCUGGCAGCUUUCAACCUUCAUCUGGAACCUUCUUUGCUGGACCUCCAGGACCACCAGGACCUCCUGGACCCCAGGGCCCACAGGGUGAGCGAGGACUCAGAGGUUACCAAGGAGAACCAGGUCAGCCAGGGUUGGCAGGAAUUCCAGGCGGAUCAGGUGGUUCAGGAUUCUCUGGAGUCUCCCUUGGGGGCUCAUCAAGACGAGGAUUACCUGGACCUCCUGGACCACCUGGUCCACCUGGAAGAGGUUGGAGUGCAUCAGGAUCAAGUGAAAUGGGACAGUACAUUGCAGAGUACAUUCAGAGUGGAAACCUUAAGCAGUAUUUGGUGGGGCCUCCGGGACCUCCAGGGCCUCCAGGGGUCUCAGCGGCUUCAGGUGCCGUGAUGGUAGAUGAUGUAGCAAACCGAGUCAUUGCCUACAUGCAGAGUCAGGGCAGAGGAUAUGGCGGAACCUCCGGCUCGCUUGGUCUGGGUGUUCAAAGUGGCUCCAUGUCUGUCGAUGACCUCAUUGCCCUUUUACAGCGAGAAGAGGUGAGAAGGUAUGUUGCUGGUCCACCUGGUCCACCAGGGCCCCCUGGAGCACCAGGUCAAGGAAAUUAUAGAUUUGGCAUGCAGGAAGUGGCUGAACGUGUCAUCAGUUUGAUGAAAGAGAGGGGCAUGGUUGGUGCAUCUGGACAAGGAAAUGGCUUCUCGAGUGCUGUUGGACCCCAGGGGCCACCUGGUGUGCCAGGUCCACCUGGACCUCCUGGAGCAUCAGGAACUGGGAACUACUUGAGCUCAGAUGUUCGUGAAUAUUUGCAAAGUAUUGCCGGUAGAGGUCCUCCAGGUCCACCAGGGCCCCCAGGACCCAUGGGUCCACCUGGGACAAGCACUGAACUUACCUACAUUGGUGGUGCGAAUGGCGAGACUAUCACAUCAGAUAGACGGGAAUAUGUCAGCAGUGGUAGGACAAGAGGAGGUAUGUUUGGCAUUCCUGGUCCACCUGGUCCUCCUGGACCCCCAGGAGAAAAGGGAGAUUCGGGUGUAUCUGGUGGUAGGAAUUGGAACGUGGAUACCGGAGACUACUCCAGUAUGGCUGUGGGAAUCACAGAUUACAUCAAAUCCCAUGGCCUGCUUCGAGAUGUUGUCCAAGGUGGUGCUGUCCAAGGGCCUCCGGGACCUCCCGGUCCUCCUGGAUACAGCCAGUGGUUUGGUUCUCAAGAUAAUGCUGUGGAUAUUGUGGAGUACAUCAAAUCCCAAGGUCUGCUCUAUGACUCUGGAAGAGAUCAAUAUGGCCGUUCUGGGCAAGGACUAAGAGGACCACCUGGACCUCCAGGACCUCCAGGGUCUACCCGUUGGUAUGGUUCUCAAGGAAACGCAACAGAUCUAGUGGAAUACAUAAGAUCUCACGGUGUGUUACGUGACAUCAUCAGAGAGUACAGCAGUCAUAUCCACCAAGGACCUCCAGGACCUCCUGGUCCUUCAGGUCAAAGUCAAGGGUUCGGUUCCAGUGGAAAUUACACACAUCUUGUGGAAUACCUCCAAUCACGUGGUUUAAUUGGUGACAGAAGAUGGAACAACUACGAACACAGUGUUCAAGGGCCACCAGGACUUCCAGGGCCUCCAGGAGCUCCUGGAUACAGCCGAGUGUUUGGCUCCCAAGCAAACGUCACUGAUUUAGUGGAAUUUAUCAGAACAAACGGUGCCAUUGUCGGAGCACCAGGGAGACCAGGACAAAAAGGGGAAAUAGGAUUCCCAGGCCCAAAAGGAGACAGAGGUGACCGUGGAUAUCCAGGGCAACAAGGGCCCAAGGGAGAAAACGGUGACUACUCAGCAGUUUCAAGGAGGUCAAAGAGGCGUACUGUUGUCUGAGCUACAUGACUGUGGAUGAAGGUGGCCUGGCGUGAUGCACAAUUGUUUGUUUUACAAGAGUAAAUGUAUGCAAUAUUUUUUCAUUACUGUAUCUGCUUCGCUAUCAGGGAUGGUAUUGAAAAUGAAUUUUAAACCAAUAGCCGAAACUUUUAUUGUUAAUUCACAAGUGUGACUAGACUUGGACACACGUACAAUCAAACCAACUGCUGUUAUUAUAUUCAGAGUGUGUAUAUAUUUUGUACUUAUGUGCAGUUGAAUGUAGCUCGAAACAAAAUUUUGUGAACCAACUUUACAAAGCUGGGGUUUACUUUUGGGUUUCAGCUUGUGGGAAAAAAUAUAUAUGGCCAUUUUUAAAGAACUCAUAGCAAGACUAAGCACAGCUGUAGUACAGAGGAAACUUUAUUUACAGAAAAAUGAAAAUCUACAUGACGGAGGCCACCUAGAAACUAUACAUUUUUAAAAAUGAAUAAUUUUUUAUGUGAAUUAUUAAAUUGAUAUCACAGCAAAGUCAUAACUACGCAAGACUUAAUUUCACAAUUACAGCUUUAAAUUGUUCUACGAUACAAAAUGAGAGAAGCAAGUAAGUGGCCGGUUUUAUUUACCCGAAAUAUUGCUUAGUUAUGUCAUGUACAAAAAGUGCACAUCUUUCCACUUUGUUUUUGUGCCUUACUAUUAAAUACCUUCAGUAACACUUGAUAGAAAGAUAGCAUGAAAUGAGUUGAUAAUUCAAGAAAUCCUAAACAAGUCAGGCCCCCAUUUUGCUUGAACUUCAUUAGAUGUGAACAUCCUCGCAAACCAAAAACACAAACAAACAUGCAAAGAGCUCAUCUUUUGCUUCUUUUAAUCCAGACAAUUUAUGCAGUGAGGAUGAAUUUAUUACAAAAAAAAAUCUGAUGCAUUGUAGCUCAAAUUAACCUUUCAAAAGCAUUAUGGCUAUUUAAGCAAAUCAGACUCGUGACACCUGCUAAAGAAAUGUUUUUUUGGUGAAGCUGAUUAAGAAAUGACAAACAAUAAUUAAGCUCAUAACUGAAUGCUCUUGUUGAUUAGCAUGUACACGAUAAUAAAAGGAUGGAUCUCGUCAUUGUCCCUGAAUACUGUUCACUUUUACCCAUAACUGGAUAAUGGGAAAAUUCUAACUGUUUUAGUGGAGAAUAAAAUGCUGGUUUAUUACUAAAA